UUUCCAUUCAUUCCUGCUCGUCGAUUGUGUUGGUGCGGACGUGUUGUGGUCGUAGACCGUCGAUUGUUUAUUUUUGUUGUUAUCAUUGUUUUAAAGUGAAAUCGGUUCAUCUGUAAACCCGUGAAUCGAGUAGAAAAAAAGUCUGUUCAGUGUUAGAUUGGUUUUACAUAAGUAAAGGAAGAAGUGUCUGCCUCGAUUCGCUCCUCACUAAACCAUGGUUGCACCAAAGGAACAGCUACGCUACGAUGGACGGGUCGUGGUGGUGACCGGUGCCGGCGCUGGUUUGGGUCGCGAGUACGCACUGCUGUUCGCAUCGCGCGGUGCAAAGGUCGUCGUUAAUGACCUGGGCGGUAAUUUCCAUGGCCAGGGCAAAUCGAAUGCAGCGGAUAAGGUGGUGGAGGAGAUACGGGCCGCCGGUGGUGUCGCCGUCGCGGACUACAACUCGGUCGUCGAGGGCGAUAAGAUCAUCCAGACGGCGUUGGAAAGCUUUGGCCGCAUCGAUGUGCUGGUGAACAAUGCGGGAAUUUUGCGCGAUCGUAGCGUGGCCCGCAUUUCCGACGAGGAUUGGAACCUGAUCCACGAUGUGCAUCUGAAGGGAAGCUUCCUGACGACCCGUGCCGCCUGGCCCGUUAUGAAGAAGCAAAACUAUGGACGCAUCAUCAUGACGUCGAGCAACUCGGGAGUGUACGGAAACUUCGGGCAAGCGAACUACAGUGCCGCCAAACUCGGACUGGUUGGGUUGGCCAACACAGUCGCGAUCGAGGGAGCAAAGAACAAUAUCCACUGCAACGUGAUAGUGCCGACGGCGGCCUCCCGUAUGACGGAGGGCAUUCUACCGGAGAUUCUGUUCAAUGAGCUUAAACCGAAAUUGAUUGCACCGGUGGUGGCCUACCUUUGCCACGAAUCAUGCGACGAUACGGGCGCCAUCAUCGAGAGUGCGGCCGGUUGGGCGACCAAGGUGCACUUUGUGCGCGGCAAAGGAUGCGUGCUGCGUACCGCCAUCGACGAGGACGUUUCACCCGAAUACGUGCAACAGGUGUGGAACCGCGUGACGGACAUGUCGGAAGCGCGCCACCUCAACGCGAUCGGCGAGGCGAGCCUCAGCCUGGUGGGAGUGUUGGAAAAGUUGCGCGAUGGCCAGAACAAUGAAAACUCCGUGACCGAAACGUUCCGCUACGGGUUCAAGGAUGCCAUUCUGUACGCACUCGGCGUCGGUGCGUCCGUCAGUGAUCCAACCGACCUGAAGUUCCUGUACGAAAACAAUCCCGACUUUGGUGUGUUGCCCACGUUCUUUAUCCUGCCCGGGUUGCUGGCCGUGAUGGGAUCCAGCCUGACUGCAUCCGCCAUCAAGCAUACCACGUUUGAUCUAACCAACAUUCUGCAUGGUGAGCAAUACAUCGAACUGUUUGAGGCACCCGCAACGGAAGGCAUUCUGACGACCACCUCCACCGUGCUGGACGUGGUGGACAAAAAAUCCGGAGCCCUAGUCAUCACCCAGUCGGACUCGUACGACGAGCAGGGCACGCUGAUUGCGCGCAAUCAAAGCUCCACGUUCGUGGUCGGGGCUGGCAAUUUCAAUGGCAAAACAAAGGCCGGUCCGGAAGUGAAACCGCUCGUCCCGAACCCGAAGCGUUCGCCCGAUGCUUCGGUGGAAGUACCGACGCACAAAGAUCAGGCCGCUGUUUACAGGCUGUCGGGUGACCUGAACCCGAUGCACAUCGAUCCGAGUUUUUCGGCUAUCGCCGGCUAUAAGGUACCGAUUCUGCACGGCCUCUGCACGAUGGGUGUUUCGGUAAAGGCAGUACUGAAGCAGUUCGGUGGUGACGAUCCCGCCCUAUUCCGGGCGGCCAAAGUACGCUUCUCCAAACCGGUGCUGCCCGGCCAGACGCUGCGUGUCGACAUGUGGAAGGAACCGAACAAUCGGGUUUGCUUCCGCACGGUUGUGGUGGAGACGGGCACGGAGGUACUGUCGGGUGCGUACGUGGACUUUAAGCAGAUCGUCAUCAAACCGAACAUGACUUCCGCCGUUACCCUGCAGAGCGAUGCCGUUUUCGCCGGCAUUAAGGACCGUGUGGCUGAGAACGAGUCCAAGGCGAAGGCCAUCAAUGCGGUGUUCCUGUACAAAAUCACGAGCGGUGGUAAGGUGGCCAAGGAGUGGGUGCUUGACCUGAAGAACGCGAAAGUGUACGAAGGACCGGCGCAGGGCAAAGCCGACACGACGAUGACGAUAGCCGACGCGGAUAUGCUCGAGCUGGCACUCGGCAAACUGCAGCCCCAGACCGCAUUCAUGAAGGGCAAGCUGAAGAUCACCGGCAACAUUAUGCUGGCACAAAAGUUGGCCCCGCUGCUCAAGACGGAGGCAAAACUGUAGGCGCAUUGCAUGUAUCCUGUGGCCGAGGAGCGAUUUGAACGCUCAACGUCGUAUCCGGAAGCUGCUUCUGAUGUGCCGUUGAUCGUUUGCGUACGUACAUUUCCAAAGUUAAACUUUCUUGUUUUUAGAACAAAUACCACCAACACACACACACCAUACGCGUAUUCUGGAAAAGGAACGGAACUUUUUAGUCAAUCAGUUUAACGAGAAGAAAAAAAAAACAUUUACACAGGAGGGGCUAUUUUUGUUCUGUUACAACAACGAAGAUUAGAUGCGGCAUGAUCGGGCAAGAUUUUUUUUUAUACAGCUCCUUUUCCAUUUUCGUUUACUCUACGCUACCGAUAAGCCCUGUUCGUUCGCAGUGCGAUGAAGGAACUGUAGCAAAGAAAGUAUUUUUUCGUUUCAGUUCCGUUUUUUUUUAUGUUUAUUGUUUUAAAACUGUUUUCCCGUGUCCGUGUUGGUGCGUUUGUACCACCUGCUGGUACCUCCAAAUAACUUGGUUAUUAUUACGACUACACACACACACAUUGGUAGCAUAUGCUGUUCAUCAUGCUGUUAGCAUGUUAAAUCAUAAAUCCACACACAAACACACAAGGGGCUAUGGGCAAUAAAUGGAAGAAAAAUGAAUAUUUGUACAAAACAAAAAA